GGCUUUACGAUUUGUCCGACUAAACGCGUUUCAGGCGGAGUUCAGAUCUUAAAAGAUUUGACUAACUUCUUCACUUCUCCACUUCUUCGUUCACAUAUUUGAACUCAGAUACCUCUCACUUUUGGCCCGCCUUGGAUGAGUUUCAGCUCAUGGAAUAUCGAAAGUUUGUGUCAAGUAUACAUUUUUAAAUCCUUUCACGGCUUAUUACUCACCAACUUUCCCCCCCAAGUGGAAGCGCUCCCAGGACUUUGGUGGUUUGUAACUUUUAUUUUUCACUUUAACUCGGCGGAUUUUUGAGGUUCACAUGCGAUGUCACGGGCUAAUAAAAGAAGAAAGAAAUGAUUGUGUUUUGCCGCGUGGUUGUCCGACAAAGGUGGUUUUUGAGUGUAUUUUUUAAAACCAGUUGAGUGACUGGCGACAGGACUCUAUAAUCAAUGUGGUGUCAGCUGGAAGGACGAGGGGUCCGGAUCUCACCUAAACGGUACGGCUCUGAACACACGUAAUCCUUCAUACCAAAAGUUUUUGAACAUUUCUUAAUGUUUCAGAAAUGAAGUACACUCUGAAAUACUUUGAUUUGAUGAUGUAGAACUAUGUUAGACAGUGGUUACAUAAUGCCGUUAAGUGUAAUUUAAUUAGGUCACUUUAUCAGCCAUGUGUUCUCAUAUUAAGUUCAUGCAUCUUGUGGUUUUGUAUAGAUUAUUUUACAGUCAGAUCACGUCUUACUAAAAUGUGUGCAUGUACAUUUUACAUUUUUGUUUGUUAUACUAAUUUGAUCUCAUGUAACAUUUUAGACUUGCUCCUUGCACAAGAUUAGUCCAAUUACAGCAUGCCAAUCCUACUCCACUUUUUAUUUUCUUUGGCAGCCCUGCUGUUGUAGCCUAUUUCACAUUUUGUUUUCCCUGGCAGGCAGUCAGCUGAGGUGAGAGCUACCAUCUCACAACACAAACCCGCAGGUAGAUCACACAGGUUGUGGUGACAAACAUGCCUGUGUUGAUGUCUGAAUCUCAUUCUACAAGAGAUCAGGGGCUGCAAAGGCUUCAUGGGUGGUUUAAGAAUAUAAAUUCACAAUGUAUUACAGCUUUUGUGUCUUGUAAAAAGUUUCACCACACUGUAGCAGAUGUUGCCAGAUUGGCUUUAAAAGAUUAGGGUAUUUACUAUGCCGUUUUCUGCACCACGCAUGUACAGCUCUGAAACAGGAGUGGUUUUUUUUGUAUUUGUGUGUGAAAGAGGAAUACAUAUCCAGGGAGAUGUCACUGAUAGAGCUGUUCAUUUGGAGCCAAGUCUGAAAAGGAGAAGGCUGGAUCCUGCAGGUUCAGCGUGGUAUGAAACAAUCACAGAGCUGGAAUUAAUGGGCUGUUUGCACAGUGGGACAGCAGGGCUUUGUAAUUGAGCACAUUUGAGGCCAAGGCUUUUUGCUGUACUCCUACAUAAGAAGAGCGGGGAGGGGGGGGGCAAAAAUUUACCUGCAUGUGUUUUCCAUGUCACAUGCUGUCACAGCUACUUCUGCUGUCCCUAUUCUUACACUCAGACACAUUUCUGGUAGCUUAGUCAGACAGCGUCUGCUAUAAAAUCUGCUGGAAGAUGGGAAGUGAGGUGAAAACCAUCUUGACAGAAAGAAACCUUAGGCCUCCAGACAUCCUCCGACUCUGUCGCUCUUUGGGUUACAAGACUUCAAAGAGGCAGGAUUAGCAUGGGACAGGGUCUGGUCACAACAUUAACACAGAAUGCAUUAUGUCUUUGUCAGAGAGACAUGUCUGACAUUAGCCACACAUUAGGGGUCAGUGGUUGAGGGGUUUACUUUGCUAACUGGAUAAUAUCACAGCAGCCACUGCCAGGUGUGGAUUUACAUUAUGGCAUCUGUUUCCUGGUGAGGGUCUUGCACCCGCAGCCCCCCUUCUCCGCCAUAAUUCCCCUGAAUUGCUCUUUUACUUAUGCUGUCUCAUCUGGAAGAAACCCCUGCUGUUUAGACUGGCAGCUCUUAAAACAGCCGUCAAAACGAUUUCACAGUUGGCAAAUUCAAAAUUCAAUAUUUUUUCCUCACCUUUUACCCCAUAAAGUCGCAGAUGAAUAGUUUUUAAAAACAUUUCUUAACUGCUGCAGUUUGAUAUUUGAAGGACUUUUGCUGCCAAUACUGAUAAAUUUUAUGAGAGAAACCUUAAAAUGUAUGUCUUGGAUUAAUAAUGAAAAAAUAACAUGUAUUGUUGACUAAAAAUGUAGCUGGAAUCCCCAAGCAAAGACUUAAAUGUAGCUGCUCUCUUAUCAAAAUAGGAUGAUUCAAAUAUACAAGAUAUCUUAAUGAACUCGUUUAAAGCAAUUCUGCUCAGAGGAGAUGAAUGCUGCUGCAGUGACAAUGAAGUUAGGAAACUGCAUGGUGACACUAUGUAAGUUAACUCAAACAUUCGUUUUUGGAUUAUGCUUUCUAAAAAUACUAUUAUAGACCCAGUCUCUGUUCAUGUAGUAGGUAGCUCCUGUGUUGUCUGGGUUCCUUUAGGGUCUUGGUCUGUUAGCUUCAUAUAACAGUUUCUUCAUGUGUCCUGUGGAUCCUUAUGCUGUUUUUAUUUCUGCAGAUUGUCAAAGCACUUUGUAAAUCCCUGCUUUUAUAAGUGCAAUACAAUUAUUAUUAUUAUUAUUAUUAUUAUUAUUAUUAUUAUUAUUAUUAUUAUUAUUAUUAUUAUUAUAAAUAUUAAUGUAGGGGAAACAUAAGAUAUAAGCAAUUGUCUUUAUAUUGUAAGAGCCCUGUAUCAGCCUGAUAUUGUAGUCUGGAGGUUUUUUCAGUCAGUGUACUAUGUCAUUGAAUGAAUAACCAGAUCAAAUAGGAAAACUACCUGCUGACAAGUGCAGUUGAUAAAUCUUUUAAGUAUUAUUUGGACAUUUUCUACUGAGAUGUUUUAUUGAACAAUCGAUAUGUUGAAAAGUAUAGAGUAAUACAUUUAGGUAAAAGACAGUGAGUUUUGUAUUCAACAACUCUAUUAGCACAAGAUGCUUUCCAGAUAAGACAAAUGUUAAAGAAACACAAAAGAGGAAAAUGGUUAGAUAGAAAACAAAUUCAAAUCAAGAACACACACAUAGAUAAAGGACAGGAUAGAACAGUUAACAGUUGUAAUAAAUACAGGAUCAAAAGUGGUUGGGUUUGAAGCAAACUUUGCAUAUUAAAAGCAGAGUCAGACAGAUUAGCUUCAAGCUGUCACCUAAAAAUGUUCUCAGACGUCCUUUGGGAAUGUUACAGUGUUGCCACCUUUUUCUGUUUCUCAACAUCUAACAAAACACACGCUGCAACCUCAGGAGUCAAAGUAGAGAAACGGCAAUCAAGAAAAUGAAGACAUACAGAACAGCAGAGUAGCCUGUAUGUAAACCAGUUUAGGCUGCAGCUGCGAAAUUAAUACAAUCAAUGCUAAAUGCAGGCCUCUCGGCUAAAGUCAGAGUUCAGUCUGUUUAUUCACAGAUAAUUGCUCAGUGACGUGUUCAUCCGCUGUCUGUUUGUUUAGGCCCUGUCCUGCGGUUUCAGGGUGUUCUCUCAGUGAUCAGUUGGAAGAGUUUCAGACUACGCAGAUUAAGAUUAACACAAGUGUGCACUGUUGAUUGGGGUUUGGGGUUUUGAUUUCAAGAGACUGGGAUUUUCUUUCUGUGUGUGAGCUUGUCUGGAAGGAAAGGGGGGGAUUUAGAGAGCUUGGGUCUGGUCCAGAGGGCGGAAGAACGCCAUGGUCCUUGUCUAGCCUUGCAGGGAGUGCAAAUGAUGCGUGUCAUUGUAGCAAAUGGAGCAUGCUGAUGAAGUGCUGCUGCUGCUGUUUUACAAAGAAACUACUUAGAGGGACUGCCUGCCUGCCCUCUGUGUGGCGUCUGAGGGCUCCAAGAAAAAGCCCUUGAGGAGCAUGUAGCUGCUCGUGCACCAGGAGACACAAUCCCACAACACAAAUCCGCUAUAUAUACACCCUGCACCGCCUCCUCUCCACAGUCGGCUGAUUUUGAAAUGGCCCUCUACUUCUAUUAGUCACCAGAUAUGGUUCACCUGUGUGGCACACACUUUGUUUUCACCUGUAAUUGCUGUUCUCCAUGUUUGAGAGGUGUGGCUAACCCCUGAAGUGUCUUUCCUCACACAGAACACUUGGGUUUAUUUGUCAAGGCCUGGAGUGUCGAUCGGUAGCAAAAGAAAACAGGAAGCACGCCACACUUUGAUGUGUUUUAUUGUCUGCAUGACAGGCAGGGACUCAGCAUGCCUGGGGCGGCUGCUUGAGUGAUGCAUCGACCAAUCCUUGUUGCUUCUCGAUGGCUGCAUUGUGCCUAUAAGGGUGUGGCCACGCUUACAGCGCGUUGUGUCACUGAAAGGGUUUUGUCGCUUAUUCACGUGUUCACUGAUGGUCACCGGUGAUGCAUCCAUUCAGACAAACAUGCCACGAGCAAACAACCAGUCAUGACAUCCACUCCUUAACACUUUUUGUGUUGCCCUGUGAGUUUUUUUCCCCUCGCUGCCUUGAAGGAGCCUCGCCAGUAAAGCUGCAUCACUGACAUUCUGAUCAUUCCACCUAUUUUAACUCUUUCCAAGUGACCUCCUCCUUACUUUCAACAGACUGAUAUUCACCUCUGACGUGUUGCCUUCUGUGCUCUGGCUCAACUCCAUCCCAUUUUUCAUGCCACAUGGCUGGGUAGCUGGUAGUAAGUCAGAGGUGAACCUCAUUGUGAAAUGUGAAUGAAUUAGCUUGACUUGACUCAUGAUUUGUGCUUCAUCAGACUGAUGCAUCGAAAAAGUCCUGUACAUGUCUCAAAGUGUUUACAUUUGGUUUAAAGGAAGGCGUGUAUUCGGUUUGUAGUCAUUGUAAAGACUUUGUGACUCUGUGAGGAGUUUUAAUCUGGUUAUAAAACAGCUGGUCAUAAACAACCAUGCCUUUGGUGACGUAUAGAAGCAAACAUGAUUGUUUAGAGUUCUUAUUUUGUUAUCUUUAAUGCCUAUGACUGCUCUAAGGGGGUGAGUGUUGAACCAGCAUUUUGUGGUCUUUGCUUUUUGACAGUAAAUAUUUACAACAGGGAAAUGCCUAUAAUAUGUUAGGCCUCCUGUGACUACCCAGAGCUGUAGCUACCGUAAAUGUGGACUACUAUGGUGCUAAAUACUCUUUUUCUGGGUGUAAAAAAGUGCAGAUGUGAGAUAACAUUAUGUGGCAUGACAUCUGUUGAUCAAAACAGCGUUUUAUUAUGGCUGUUUCUGGUUAAAAUGACACAUAAACAUCCAACUUGGGUCACCAGAUAAGUGGACUAUUUACCCGGUGGUGCUGGCUCUGCUGGAGUUAGCCACACUUGUUGAACUGAUUGGACAUCCUUUACCUGCAGGUACUGUAAUCCUCUUAAGCCAUGUUCAAUAAAUGUGGUUUUAUAGAUUGUAUCCUGAACUUGUUUUUAACCACUGAAUUUCACAUGACAAAUGUAUCUGCUCUUACACCAUUAUUGUUGCUCAGAGCAGUUUUGUAGCUUUAAUGGUUGAAUUGUCUUAUGUUAUGUGGUUUUUUUAUUGAGCUGAGUACAGGUGAACACAUUGUCUAAUUUGCUAUUUUUAAAAAUUUAAAUGUAUUUGAAUUAACAGUGUAUGCCAUGAUGUCUGCUGUCUGAAAGUUCUUAUAUAGCUGAAUUAAAGAACUGAGUGACUUCACAUUUCACACAGACAGAAAGAUACACAGAUGAACCAGUGUUGUUGAGCCAAAAUGAGCCUUUUACACUAAUGUUAAAAUCAGAUUGUCCUUUUUAUUCUCUUUGAGAAAACUGUACUGGAAACAAGGCUACUAUACUCUGAACUAUCCAGUAAAUUGGUUGAGUCAUAGAUUAGCCUUCGACAUAUUUGUCAGCUGAUAUCAUAGAUCCAACAUCAGCCCUUCAUGGAUUUAACUUUGUCUGCAGAGAAAAGGCUCAGCCUGAUUUAUAAACGGUGUUCCUGUGUAGUUUGUCCAGCAGAGCCUCAUUUAACUGUAUUAUCUUAAAUUUUAUAUACAGAGACUCAAAGAUGAGCCGAUGCUCUAGAGUUUGUUGUGAAGUUAUUUAUUGUUUUCCUGAUUGAGCUGGCACAGCUAAGCACAGGAUAAGUGAGUCUGUUUGUGGGGCUGACAUUAGCAAGGCCAGUCUUCAGUCCUUUUUUAUUGCUUAACACAGUUUUCAGUCGAUUUUAUCUCUACACACUAAAAUCUGUCACCUCUGCUUGGUUCAAUCUGGUUUGUAGAGAAUUAUAACAUGUCUUAAGCUGUGAACCACAGCUACAACCUGGUUAGUGGCAGGUGGCUGUGUGACAGCUUAAACUUAAAACUGGUUAUCAACUAGUAAUCCUGGUGCUCAGUAGCUAGGGUGACAAUGUCAAAUCAAGUAGUCAAUCAAGGUAAAGAGAAGUAGCCUUCAAAGCCUGUAGCUUCACUUUUUUUUUAUUUUGAUUUAAUAUAUGAUGUUAAUGAGAACUUAAAAUUUGCGAAGUUGUAGCAGCUCUAAAAAUUAUUUAAAGGACACUUGACACUUUUUAAUCACAUGCUGUGCUGUGAAUGUCACCCGCUGCUACAGUUCUCCAGUCAGAAGAGGAUUAACAACAAAGAUCCUACUCUAUUGGUUUCUUAUUUCCUGCCGCACAAAAUCAACUUUGAAUCCUUUUGUGAUUACAAGCUGUGCAAAGUUGAAGUCUUCCAGGUUAUGAAAGGCAGGAUGUUUACAAUAGUGACGAUUGCAUGUCAUCAGUUCAGCUCGAUUCAAAGAGCUUAAUGGAAUGAAAGUUCUAAGUAAACUUUAGCGAUCCACAGCAGCAGCAGAUGUAUUGUAUCAAGUACGGGCAAAGAAAACCUCAUUCACCUCAAAAUACCUCGGUGAGAGGGUGAUGCCUUUUUUGAUAGGUGUGUUGUGUUAUGUGUAGGUCUCAGGUAAGUCAUGUUUGUAAAUACAGAUUUAUAGAGAUACCCUUUGUUUUAGAUUGGAGUGAAAGUUGUAACAACAGAGGAAGGGGAAAAAGGGAAAAUCAUGCCCUUAAAAGCUGAAGGGGGGGGGGGGGGGCUGUUUUCUUGGGUUGCAGAUGUCUUUUAAUCCUCUUCCUCUGGCUGUAAAGUUUCAGGCUUGUGGACAUAGCAGCUGGUCAGUUUCUGUGUUUCAAGGUUGUUAGAAUCUACAUUAUUCCUAGCUGACCUCCAUCUCCUCACUUGAAGAAGCAGAGGGUGACCUUGCUGUAUUUGGUCACAGUUUUCCACUAGUUGUGCCAAGAUUUUAAAGCCAUACCUCAGUGGUUAAAGCAGCAGGGUCAUAAAGCUGCAGGCCACCAGUAAAACUUCUCCUUUUACAUUUGAACCAAGGUACUUAUGCUAACAGGAGGAGCCACAGUUUGCAUUGUUUCAAGUAACAUGUCUUCCUCUCUUUCUCCUCACGCUGAUGCUUCCACCAGCUGAUACGUCUUGGGAGUGAUGCACUGGCUUCCCCUGGUUGCCAUGGUGAUUGCCUCGGCCCUGCCCUUCCCUCACGACCCUGUGUCCAGGAUUGCUGCUGCAACAACAGAGCCUGGCUUUGACAACCGCAGAGAACGCCGUCAUGACAAGCAAGUUGCUCGGCUCCGGGCUAAUCCUAUGGACUACAACCUCCAUGGAAAUGCCCCACAAAUGGACUACAACAUGGAUGACACUCUUAGCCAAGAAACCAACAGACAGAACCCCCAGGACUCUACGGACUAUGUUAAAUCUGAGGCUGAAAAGAUUCCUGAAUUCAAAGUGGCUAACCAAGGAAACUACCAGUCUGAUAGCAACUCAGGCAGAGAUGAUAAAAGCAAAGUCAGUGUGGUUGGUCCACCACAAGAAACUCUGAGAACUGAGGACAAUUUUCUACCAAAAGACAUCAGCAAACAGGAUUACUUAAAUUUGACAGUAGCUUCCAAAAAGGAAAACCCUCAGGACACCACAAAAAAACUGUUGCAGGUUUCUGUGUAUGGAUCCCAAGAUUACACCAGUCCUUCUGCUAAUUCAAAGAGUCAAUCUGGACCAGAACCAACAGCAUCUACAGCCAGGACAGAAAGCCAGAGGACAACUGUGGCAGAAAGAGGUGUGAUUGAGGAGGUCUUUACCCCUGAGACAGGGCUGGGUCUGGGGAAUGGUGUGGACUUAGAAGGAGACGAGAUGUUCCUGGAUGCACAUCCUCGAGUUUUGUUCUCUCCCUCUCCGUCACCUCCAGAACACCCUCCUCUCCUGCUCAUGCUGGAGACCGGCCUGCUGGAGGAGAAUGUGGACAAGGAGGAGCAGGAGGACAUGGAUGGACACAUCGAGGGUCAUGGGGACCGGGCACUUGACAGGGCUCCUAUGUUAAGUUGGGCUGACUCUCCCAGAGAGACUUCUGAUGUUGCCCGUGCCGUUAAAAGGGAUAAGCGCUCACACUUGAUGGACAGACGGAGAGGGGAGAAGUCUGUAUGUGAGGCGGAAAGUGUUUGGGUCACUAACAAAACCACCGCCAUCGACUCGCAUGGUCAGAGGGUCACCAUCUUGCAGGAGAUCCAGACCCAGACCGGAGCGCUCAAACAGUACUUUUAUGAGACUCGCUGCCGAUCAGCUGAGCAGCAGAGCAGUUUGGGCAGGUCAAAGGGCGCAGCGGCAAAACCAGCCGGGACAGGCGUAGCCGGGGCCGGCUGCUUGGGCGUGGAUAAAAAACAGUGGGUGAGCGAGUGCAAAGCCAAGCAGUCAUACGUCCGAGCGCUCACCAGAGAUGCAAACAACAGAACCGGAUGGAGGUGGAUUCGAAUCGACUCAUCCUGUGUUUGUGUGCUGCUUUCCAGAGCCAAUCAGGCGCUGGGGAGAGAGGUGCUGACGAGGAACGGGAGAGGCUGAGAGAGGGAGGGAAAGGAGGGGAGGAAGGGAGAGAGAGAGGGAUGGUAGGAAGUGGAAAGUGACACAGAGCAGAGCAGCUGUGACAUCCUCCUGUGUGCGCUUUCUCUUUUACAUGCAGUUUUUCAGACAUCUCCCUCUCUUUCACUCCCCUCCACAAAAACUUCUGAAAAAACACAAGACGACCUCAACACUAGAUCUUAGGGAAAAUGUCAUAUCUAGAGAUUUACUCGGAAAGUACUGUUUUUUUUAUGAUUCAUCUUCAUAAUCUAAGUUAUUUUUGAUUAGUAUGUAAGCAUGUGUAUGUCUUUGAUAUUAAUAUAUUCCUUUAUAUAUGUGUACAAUAUGACACCAGUAUACCUUUAUGUAUGAAGCUAUGUUUAUCUGAGUGUAUUUAUAGAAGAAGUCUUCAUGGAGUGGUAGGUCUCUCCAGUGUCUGAUGAUAAUUCCAGCCUCUCUUAUUCACUUGGGUUGUGAGAGGAAGGAGCGCCACCUACUGAGGCUCCAUUUUACUGCUCCAUCCUGCUCCUGGAUGGAUUACCGUCACUAUUGUUACAGUGCUUUUAGCAGCGUUGGUUCAGAAACUACAGCAUGAGCACACUGGAGAGUGAUUUAACAGGAAACAUCCUCGUCUGUGAAACUUGUUCCAAGUGGUUCAUGAAUGUAAAAAAAUAAAAAAACAAAACAUGAUGUUUGUAAAUUAUACAACCCCCAAAUUAAUUUCAACAUCUGCUGGUUUGUUCAGUUUGUCUGCCAAAUUUGGUAUUAAAGGAUCUUUGUACUCA